UAUAAACCGCACAUUAUUAAUUCUUCUACCCAAAUGUACGUGUGGAUAAAUGCACUGUAGCCUAUAUUAAAAUGAAAAUGUGUCAUUAUUUUUCACAUUUUGGCUGCAUAAUUCAACGAAUGGGCCUAUUAUAAAAUAUUGAAAUAAUUUAGAGGUCUAAAAACAUUUUUUUUUAAAACAAAGCACAAUCAAUGGACAGACAUUUUGGUAAUCUGACACCAUGCACAUUAGUGCGAAGGUUCAUGCUGUAAUUUGGACACAGAAAGAAUGGAUGAGAGCGAGAGAGAGAGAGAGGGAGAUAGAGAGAGAGAGAGAGAGAGAGGGGAGGGGAAAAAGCCAUCCUCUCCUGUGAAUCCAUCAGUGGCAGGCAAGAGACGGAUGAAAGCUCUCCUCCCUCCAGCCCUGUUGCAUCCAUCUAUUCGGUUACUCAUCCAUCCUUCUCUCUAUCCAAUCGUUCAUCCUCAAGGGCGUCACACAGGGGGUUGACGAGACCCGACGGAGAGGUGCAUACAUGCGUGCAUGCAUGUUUGCGUAGAUCCUCAUUGUAUGUAGGCUGCGUUAUAGCGUCUGCACUGCGCGUGGAUCCGCUGUCAUGAGGAGCUGAAACAGAAACGACAGGAGGAUGAAAAUGCUCCGGUUUCGCAGCCCCAGCAUCCGCUCCUUGGACCAGGAGGUCCUGUGCACGAUCAGGUUACUUGACGACUCCGAGAUCUCCUGCAGCAUCCAGAGGGACACCAAAGGUCAGUUCCUGUUGGAUCAUGUGUGCAACCACUACAACCUGCUUGAGAAAGACUACUUCGGUAUUCGAUACGUGGACCCCGAGAAACAGAGGCACUGGCUGGAGCCCAAUAAACCCGUGGUGAGACAGAUGAAGUCAGCUCAGCAGCCGUACAUGAUGUGUUUCCGGGUCAAGUUUUAUCCUCACGAGCCAAUGAAAAUCAAGGAGGAGCUAACAAGGUAUCUCCUGUACCUCCAGCUGAAGAGAGACAUCUACCAUGGUCGUCUUCUCUGUCCUUUUGCUGAAGCUGCAUAUCUGGGAGCGUGCAUCAUACAGGGUGAGCUAGGGGACUACGACCCAGAGGAGCACCCAUCAGACUAUAUCAGAGACUUCAAGUUGUUCCCAAAACAGUCCCUCAAAUUGGAGAGGAAGAUUAUAGAAAUACACAAGAACGAGCUGAGGGGUCAGUGUGCUUCUUUUGCAGAGUUGAACAUGCUCCAAAGAGCUCAUAGCCUGGAGACGUACGGAGUUGACCCUCACCCCUGCAAGGAUUUCACAGGCUCCACAGCGUUCCUCGGAUUCACAGCCACAGGUUUUGUGGUCUUCCAGGGGAACAAGAGGAUCCACCUCCUCAAAUGGAACGAUGUGAGCAAGCUGAAGUUUGAGGGGAAAACCUUUUACGUCAUCGGGAUUCAGAAAGAGAAGAAACUGGUGUUGACAUUUCACACAUCGACCCCUGCAGCGUGUAAGCACUUAUGGAAGUGUGGGGUGGAGAACCAGGCCUUUUACAAGUGUGCAAAGUCGAGUCAGAUAAAGACAGUUUCCAGCAGCAACAUCUUCUUCAAAGGCAGCAGGUUCAGAUACAGUGGAAAAGUAGCAAAGGAGGUGAUAGAAGCCAGCUCUAAGAUCCAGAGAGAGCCACCAGAGGUGCGCAGAGCCAUGUUCGGUCAGAGUCGAAGCUUUAACUCUCUGAGCCAUAAAAACCUCAUCAUGAACAUGGAGCCGCUGGUACCUGCACUGCCCUCCACCAACGAGUACGAGGAGCCGGCCACAGACAACGGUGUCGUAGCCAUGAAGGACUCCGUCCCUUUGUCUCCUCUCAAACCUUCAGUUGCAACCGCUGACACACAGCAACAAAACACUGACGGAGGAGGAAACUCUGCUUCGAGCAAUGACCUGCAGCCCUCCCGUGUUUCCAUGGAAACCUCAAAUCUCCGACCUCAGACGCCCAAAGCCAAUGAUGAAGCAGAGGAAGACAAGGAGGGCGGCGGCCCCCUCACCAUUUCGGAGCUCGUCUACAGCCCCUGUGCCAGCAUGUUGCCCACCCCUGUGGAAGACAGUGAGGGCGGGGUGGACCUCCUCUUCUCCUCCCCGGUGCAGAGCCGCCGGCUACUGAGGGAGCUUCACUCAGACCCGGAUAUCCAGGCCCAGCUGGAGGCCGAGAGGGAGCGGGACCGGGCCUACGAGCGCACGCGCCUGGCGUCGAGAAGCAGAGUGAGCGGCGUCCUGAGCAGCAGCCUGCGCCUGCUGUCGUCCAAUGAGAGAGUCAACACGUGCGUGCUCAGCGUGGCCCGCUUCGUCGCCGUGGUGAUGGGCGUGCUGCUUGUCACUGUGCCCACGUUGCUGCUGCUGCUGGAGUCAGACAUUGACGUGUCGUUCCUUCACGAGAUCCGCCAGACGCCGGAGUUUGAGCAGUUUCACUACGAGUAUUACUGCCCGCUGCGGCGCUGGAUCCUGUGCAGGAUCAGCAUGGCCAUGGAGCACCUGUGGUCAGACUGAAGAGAGAGAGAGAGAGAAGUCACUGCAGGGAAACAAAUAAAGUCAAAUGUUUGUCUUAACACGUAAAUAUGAUCUUAUAUUCAGUUUCAACAGCAGGAGAGAGAGUCUGCCAAUAGGACGAGAGCAUUUUCACAUCAGUUAAUUUGGACGGUUUAUAAGAUUUCAGUCAACCGGUCAAAGAGAAACGAUAUAUUUGAUUGAAUAACCCUGACAAAAGUAGAUUUGUUUCACCUCAUUGGCAGCAUCUUUUACUGUCUUUAAGAAACGAGAGAUGAAAGAGAAAUAACAUUUCACUUAUAGGAUCCAAUUAUGUGUUACGACAAACAUUUAUGGCGGUGAUGGACUUCACAGAAAAAGGCAAAAAAAAUACUGCAAGUGUAAAAGGAAGAGCCAGAUUAUGGAAACAGUUUGUGUUAAUUAAAGAUGAGGGAAGCAACGGACGGAGAGAAAGUCACAAAAAGUAGUUGGUUUGGUUUGAUAGAAGUUGUUUUCGGUCUAUUUGCUCCUGAUGCUGAUCAGCUGAUGCACCGACUCUGGUAAACAUCACCAACCGCUCUGAUUGGUUCUCGCCCACAGAGCGGAGCACCCGGUUGGUCGUACAGCCUUGUCAGUCAUGACGGAGUGGGAGGGGACAGAAGGUUAAAGGAUUGAUUUGUCACUGAACGCAAAAAUAGCCACCAUCAGAGUUACAUUCUAUAUAUAUUUAAAAACAGAAGAGAAAUAUUGAUAAUGAAUACCAAUCUUAAAUAAGUUGUUUUUAACGUUUUGUACAUUUUUAUGUGAUCCAGAUCUUUCAGGAAUUUUUCAGUCAGAGGAUCUACUUUGAGCUUAUUUUCAAAUUAACAGUUUACAGAAGAUUACUAAAAUAAAAAAAAAAGUAAAUUUAUUGACGUUUAUCGAGGUGAUGGGUGUCGAGCUAUUUUUUCAGACUACCGUCAGCGUUGGUUGACCGCGUAGCACCCUGGGGUGUUUCCUACAGAGGCUAGAGCACAAAUCUUUUACACAGACCACAGAUUACAACUGUUUCAGAUUAUGUGAUGUCAUUUUAGGGGGGAAAAAAAGGAGGGCAGCAGGAGGGAAACUUCAGUGUGUUUGAGACGAGAAAACGUGUGUGUUUUAUUGAACGUCUUCUGAACUUCAUGUCAUGCUCACUAAUUAAGGCUAUUAGUGCGUCCUUCAGAGUUUUUAAACAGAGCGUUGUGACGUUUUGACGUAAAGAAGAAGAAAAGUUACCCAUGAGCUAAUGUGGAGCGGUGUUGAAACAGUGAGUUAAAGUGUGAUUCAGGGUUUGAUGUUGAAUGCACUGUUGAAGUAAUGCUCAGAGGAACAGGGGCGUCUGCUGUCUGGACUUUGUCUAAUGAAGCAAACAAAAGAGAGACAGCAGGAGUUCAGCUGCAGGCAUUUAGCUUACGAGGCAGACCCUCAUGUUAGUCACCAAAUCAAAACUAGAAAUGAUUUGUAGCCAUUUCUAAGAAGAUCUGUUUUACCAUCCUGCAUCCUGUUUGUCAUUCAAACCACCGCAGCUGUUUGAAGAUUAUGACAGACUACAUGGCAGUAUUUUCACAUCUUACUGUCAGUGUUAGACAAAGUUUCUCGGGAGUAAUACGCUCUAAAGAGGUUUUCAGAGUUUAGUUUGAUGACUGGGACGGUCACUGCUGCAAUGGUUGGAAGUUCCUGAAAAGGUCCAGAGUCAGAGAUGAACAAUAACAAAACAAACUUCUACAUUAAAAUGUCUUCAACCUAUUCCAUAGUGUGUGAUUUCACACAUAGCCGUGGUUUUGAUUUCGAGACUCCUUGAGUUAAAUGUCAUACUGUGCAUUUAAAACAAAAGUUAACUCAUUUUAAAAUGUGGAUUCAGUUAACCAACAUAAAAAAGAACAAGGAUUAACUAUAGACUUUGACCUACCACAGGUGUUCAGAUGUGUUAGUCUUUGCAAAGCAUAGCCUAUAAUUUGUGUAUUUGUCGGUAAACAAGAGGACUAAAAUGACCAAACUCGUCAUUGGGCAUCAGACUCCUGUAGCCCUGAUGAAGAAAACGUGUCCUCGCUUUAGGAACUUCCAGCCAUCAGAGCGUUGACUGUUCGUCAUAAAGACAGUGCCUGAACAUGACAUGGAAAAGUUUAAUGGAUGUAGCCUCAGCUGAGGUAUGACGGCUCUGAACUGAUGAGAAAUGGCUUCAGAUCAAAAAAAUCAGAACACUUUUUUGUUUUGUUUUAUCGGUUUCAAUGCUGUUGGACUUGGAUCAACUUCUCAGGACAGGGCAUUUGCAGUUUAUGUGUGAAAUACAAAUAUGUGUCUCAAAAUAUAUAUAUGUAUAAGACAAAGAAAAAAAAUGCAUCUAAUCACAUAUAGUUUAAUCAUAACAUCCAUACAUGUCUUGCUGUAUUGCUAUUAUGAAACAUUAUGUGUGUACAUACUCCCAGUCUGUAGCUGGAUGUAGAGACUGCUGCAGACGUUUUGUGUCGUCACCGGUUCAUUUCACCUCAAAUACAUAUGCAUCUACGUCUUUAUAUGAAAACAUUACUUAGAAGUCUUUACUGUGGAGAGCACAGACUACAGGUAGGCCAUCAUAGCUCCAUGCUGCUUCAUUAUAAGUAUGCUGCAGUCAGUAGCUGAAACAUGGAGUCUAGAUUGGCCAAUCUCUCUUUCAGAGCUCUCGCACAGUAUUUCAGUCUUUUUUAAAGAACUGAAGUUUAUUUUUUAGAAAUCACUCUCCGUACUCUGAAUCUGCUUCGGAGGCCUCUGCAGAGAACAUCAUCCUCAAAGUCCUUUCCAUUAUAACAUCAUAUUAUCAGCUGCAUUAUCAUGUAACUCUGAAGACUUUAUGCAUUAACAUGCUUUAUGCGUACUGUAGAAAAAUAUGCAGUAACAACCGAGUCAGGCUCAUUUGGGGACAAAGCAUUUAUUUUCCUACUAUCAGUACAUGCACUGAGCUUCAAUGCUGAGACCAAGCGAAAGCACCAAACCACUAUGAUGAAGACGUUUGCAUUCAACUUCACAGACUGUGUAAGAACAGCUUCACUGUGGUGGAUGGAGCUGAUCUGUAUGCACUGCUUAAAGGAUCAACAUCUCAUGAAACGUAACAGAGGGGGGGGAUAUCACCAUGUUGCUCCUCCAGUAUGCACACGCAGCAAAAUGUAGAUUUUAAAUACGUUGUACAGGCUUCAUGUAAAACUGUGCAGACAUGUGUGUGUGUGUCCAGCUUUGGUACUUUAUUUUUCCUCCUCUGACUAACACCGGAGUUUCCCUCACUCUUCUCCUUCUGCUGACCUCUCACUUUAAAUUGCAUGCGCUCAUCUGUAAAUAAUGUGUUUAUAGUUGUGGCUUAAAAAACCCCCCACUGUGGGUUCAAAUGUCCCUUGUUUCGUCCCUUUGUGUGUCUCGUCUGUGUAAAGCGGUCUUAGAUGUAGGCUUGGCUGUCUUCAUCAUCUUGGAUUAUUGCAUGUUCUCUGUUUUUGUCGAGAGGAGGGAGGUGAAAGAGGAAGAGUUUGAGGCUUUUAUGGGCAUUUUACAUCAAUCAGAAUCAGGCAUCAGUCAUCUGAGCAGUUUAAAGGAUUUACACACCAAAGCGCAUCGUGCAGUGUGCUUUGGGUUGAAUUUUAACCGCUAACUUGACAAGAACUGCUAAUAUUGUUAGCUUCUUGUAAGAAAAACAGUAAGGGCGAUGUCUCAUCACAAAGAGGAACAAUUACAGUCAUGAUGGCUGCUUGGAAAAGAUGAAAACAUGUUUGGCUCGUUAAUAAA